GGUUGCAAAACAAGUACGUCAUUGGUCGGUUUCACAUGUCUGCCGAUGUGCCGGGUUUAAGGCAAAUAUUUAUUUCGCAACGCCGCAGCGUUUGAUGGCUGUUUAUGUCACCUCUUUACGGCAGGGUCGUUAGGGGUUUUGUAACCACGGACACGAAGCUAGCUAGCGUCGCAUCCAUCCGAACCUAGCCCAGCUAACAGAAGCGCCAGGUAGCUAGCAGCUGCUCCGCGAUCUCAGGUUAUUCGAAACCAAGUGGAGAAUGGGUGAAGAAAUGGACGGCAACUCCAUCAACGAGACCAACGGGUCAGCGAGUAACGGCAAUGCGGAAGUGAACGGCGAAACAGUGGGAAGCGAUGUCAAAUAUUACAGGUUAGAGGAAAUAAGGGAGCACAACAUGAGCACCGACUCGUGGCUCAUCAUCCACGAUAAAGUGUACGACAUCACUGGUUUCCUUGAAGAGCAUCCAGGAGGUGAGGAGGUCUUACUGGAGCAGGCCGGUUCAGACGCCACAGAAAGCUUCGAGGAUGUGGGUCAUUCCACAGAUGCAAGAGAGAUGCUUGAGCAGUACUUGGUCGGCGAGGUUCAUAUGGACGACAGGAAAAAGGAGGCUGCUAAGGUGGAAAAUUUCACAAAUCCAGGAGAGUCCAGCAGCUCCUGGACCACGUGGUUGAUACCUGCCAUUGCUGCAACUGUUGUUGGUGUUGUGUAUCGCUUCUACAUGGUUGAACACAAGUCGUCUUAAGUGCUGGCAUUCUUCUUUUCAUCUGGAGGCCUUGAAAUGUUUGACCAAAUCCUCCUCACACUAAAAGCAAACAAUUAGGACUGUCUGCAUCCUCUGCAACAAGAAAAAGAGGUGGGGGUGGGGGCAGUUUGAUAAAGUUCCUUUGUCCUUGUCCGUCGACAUGGAGUGCACGAAAUAGACAGUUGGGCAGAGGCUUUAUUGAAUUGUCUGCCUUCAGUCUCUCUCUUUGUAUUUCAUUGUCACUAUGCCUGUUAUCAUUCAUGUUAAAUGUUGUCUUUGAGUUUAACUUUCAUAUGCAUCCCACUCAGUUUGGUUAGUGUACAGUCACCAGCCGUUUGUCUCCUCAGAGAAAGGUUUCCCUCAACGUGCUCCAUCACUACAGAGGCACGACCUGGAAUAGCGUUCAGGAAAUGUUAAGUAUGCAAAAUGAUUAUGAAGAAGUCAGGAUAAAAGCUCACAGUGACCUUUAUACUUUUUUUGUUUUUUACACUGAAUUGUAACUUCACAUGCAUUUUCUAAGUUUUAAUAAAGUGAGAAAUAUGACAGCUACCUGACGCUCAAGAAGAUUAGUGAAUUUAUUCCAUUGACUUCUACAUUCAUUCACAGCUCUGCUCGAUUGCAUUUGUCAUCUGGUUGUAAAUGCAUCAUCUUUCCAACUAUGUAAAGGCAAUGUCAACUCUUUGUGUUUGUUUCUUUUGGAAAAUAGCUAUGAAUUAUAAUGUAUCAGUGAUAAUUUAUGGUAAAAUCUGUUCCUUUCUUUUCUACAGCUUUUACAAGGAAUUUGUUUUAAUGUUGAAAAUACCUGAUCUAUACAUUUCUGUAGUAUGUACUAAUACUAAUAAUAUUUUUACUAUACAGAUAUAAUAGCUGGCAGUGACUGACUUGAGUAAAUAAUGACAAAAGAAAUAUAUGUUUGAUAAUCCUGUUUUUAAAUAAGAUUUUUUUUUCUCACACUAUGCUAUUUGUUAUUUAAAUCCUUUUUUUCCCCUCCAGAACUUUGUUUCAUUUUAAUGCAUCACAAUUUACUGUCUUGAUGGAAUGGAAUUUACUCCUUGUCACUGGGGGGGUUGAAUUAUAUUGAACGAGGUCCCAGUGUGUUACUUGUUAGACUGCCUGUUGGUUCAGUGGGGACUUGCUAGUUGUCAUUAAAGCCAUAUAAGUGUCUUUCAGGCCACAGUUGCAACACAUGUUCAACUAUUUUAGUUACUCUGCCUUUCUCCAUUUUCCAGGUUGCUGCUCAGAUUGUGGCAUUUUUAUAUGUUUUGGUUUGGGUAACCUUUGCAUAACAUCUCAGUUUGUUGACAUCAUUUUUUCAGCCACAUAAAAAAUAACAAUGACA